CUGAAAGUGAGCGUGAGAAGGAGGAAAGGAAAAAGCAGAGGGAGAAGAUUCUAGCUGAGAAAGCAGCAGCUAAAGCUGUGGAGGCCAUUAAAGAGAAGGAAAAUACGGUUGCCAGAUUGGAAGGGGAGAAGCAGAGCUUGGAGAAAAUACCUGAAGUUCAAGCAACAAGCACAAGAGGCUUCAAAGCUACAAACGACUAUGAUGCAAACCAUGGAAGCGGCUGAUAAAGAGAAGCAGAAACAUAAUAGUACUAGAAUGGAAGCCUUUGUGCGUUUUGCUAAACUUGAGACUGCAAAUGCUGACCUUGCGAAAUCACUAGCCACUGUGCAGUGGAAUCUCGAACAGGAGGUCAAUCAUGUAGCAGAACUUCGACAGCAAGUUGAGUUAAAAGAAGUUAACCAUGAAGAACUCAGGAGGAAGAUCUCUGAUACUCAUCAGAUCGAAAUAUCUUUAAAGAGUGAUACAUCGGCUUUGGAAGGUAGAAAUGGAAUAGACAUACAGGGAAUACCAUGGGAGAGGGUUAAUUUCACCAGAGAUAAGUACCGUGAAGCGCGAUUGAAGCAAUAUAAGAACUAUGAGAGCCUCGGUCGGCCUCGUCAAGACCUUGAGAAGGAGUGCUUGCAAGUGGAGAAGGUGAAGAGUUUCUAUGACUUUAACUACAACACAAGGCUUGUCAAGUCCACAAUUGUGCAUUCUCAGCUUUUCGGCAGGGUGGAGUUAGAGCUGCUGGCGCGACUUUGGUUAUAUGAUACCUCUACUAGCAAGCUACUUUGCUACAUCACCAAGCAUAAGUAACACCCUCUUUGGGGG